AUGCUCAAACAAUUUCUUUGUCAAUUAUUCUCUGGUCAAUGUCAAUUAAAAUCUCUUCGACUUGAUAUUAGCAACGAAUUUAGGGAUGGUUUUUUUCAUCGAUGUUUAUCAUCAAACUCUAAUCUUUCUUUCGAUUUUAUUCAAUAUCCAUACCGAUCUUCUUGUGUAACUCUUCGUCGUUUACAUAUUCGACUUAAUCAAAGUUGUUUUCUGGAAAAUCUGAUUGAAUAUGUACCAAACAUCGAACAAAUGUCAAUUGAGUGUGAUUGUUCUUUGUCUUCUUAUAGAUUAAGGACAUCAAAUAUUGAAACAUUGAGUCAAUUAAAUGAAAAUUGGUUUAAUAAAAUACCAAAACUACGAUGUUUUAGUUUAAAAACUUUCAUUAACAAUGAUUCGAAUAUUAUUUAUUUGAAAUGGCUUCUUAAUAAUAUAAACUAUGUUGAGAAACUUGAACUUCAACUUAGAAGUGAUAAACUAAUUGAAACAAGGCAUCAAAAUAUAUUAAAAUCUUUUAUUGAUGCAAGUUUUAUUCGCCAAUAUUGUUUACCUGAUACAAUAUCUAAUUUAAUUUAUUUUGAUUUUUAUAUUUGUUCAGAAUGUCAAUUAUCAUUUAAUGAUGUAGAAAGAAUAACAAAUUCAUUUAAAAUUCAUUCUUUUUUUAUCGAUCAUCAAUGGACAAAUGUUAAAUGUUUAUUUGAUCCAAUAAUGUCAUGUCAACAUCUUUUCUCUUCUUUCAAUAAUACAUCUCAAAUUUCCGAUAAUUUUAUUGAUUAUUCAUAUAUUUUUAAUUGGCCCCGUAUUGGUGACAUGUGGUUUAAAAUGUAUCCAUCACUUUAUUUUUUUCUCGAACAAUUCACUGAAUUAUCACCUAAUAUUUCUUGUGUCAAAAUACCUGACGAUCUAAGAAUGAACGCAUUAAAUACUGUUCGAUGUGCUGAAUUUCGUCUUCCGAGUUGUCAUAUAGGUAGAAGCGAUGUAAUACAUAUUGGCAAACACCUUGUGCCUUUUCUUAGCACAUAUAUGCCUCAUUUACAAACAUUACGUCUUUGGCGACCAGAUGAUUUUCCUUGGACAACUAAUCAACAUGUAGCCGUCUUUGAACAAGAUCUUUGUCAACUGAUCGGAAAAUUAAAGGACUUUAUCUUUCUCGAUAUUUAUGGCAAAAUUCAUUAUGAAAAAGUUGAACCUUACCGGUCGAUGGUUCAAGCUCGCUUUCCUGAUAGUCGAAUAGAUGUUGAAAUAUCAAGAUUUCGUUUGUGGCGUUAA